AUGGCAUUGUCCGCUCGCACUGCUUCACGAGCUCUGAAAGCUUCCAAGCAGAGCGUUCCUACCAUUUGCAAUGCCUCCCGAAGCUAUGCCACCGCCGAGCCGGAUCUCAAAGAGACGCUCAAGCAGAUCAUCCCAGAGAAGCGAGAGCUGUUGAAGAAGGUCAAGGCCCAUGGCUCGAAAACGAUCGGCGAGGUCAAGAUCGAGAACACCCUAGGUGGCAUGCGUGGCCUGAAGGCUAUGGUAUGGGAAGGCUCGGUGCUUGAUGCCAACGAGGGCAUCAGGUUUCACGGCAAGUCGAUCAAGGACUGCCAGAAAGAGCUGCCAAAGGGAACGACGGGCUCCGAGAUGACACCUGAAGCUAUGUUCUGGCUGUUGCUCACCGGUCAGGUUCCAAGCACAAGUCAAGUACGUGUGCUCAGCAGGGAACUUGCAGAGAAGGCACAGCUGCCAGCUUUUGUGAACAAGAUGCUCGACGACUUUCCAAAGGACUUGCACCCAAUGACACAGUUCGCAUGUGCUGUGUCUGCCAUGCAAUACGAGAGCAAGUUCGCAAGAGCGUAUGAGCAAGGUCUGAACAAGGCAGACUACUGGGAGCCGACCUUCGACGACUGCAUCAACCUGCUUGCCAAGCUGCCAACGGUCGCUGCCAAGAUUCACCAGAACGCAUACUGUGGCGGUGGUGCUUUGCCUGGAGAGGUUGAACUCGAUCAAGAUUGGUCGUACAACUUCGCUGCUAUGCUUGGUAAGGGUGGAAAGGAGAACGAGAACUUCCACGACCUGCUCCGAUUGUACUUGGCUCUGCACGGUGACCAUGAGGGUGGUAACGUUUCCGCUCACACCACACACUUGGUCGGCUCAGCUUUGUCUGAUGCAUACUUGGCCUACUCAGCCGGUCUCCAAGGCCUUGCGGGACCACUGCACGGUUUGGCCGCACAAGAAGUGCUCCGCUGGAUCCUGCAGAUGAAGGACCACAUCGGCACCAACUUCAGCGACAAAGACAUUACAGACUACUUGUGGAACACGUUGAAGUCUGGCCGUGUCGUGCCAGGUUACGGUCACGCUGUUCUGCGCAAGCCAGACCCACGCUUUGAGGCUCUGAUCGACUUUGCCUCAAGCCGCAAGGAGAUCGCAGACAAUCCGGUCUUCCAGUUGGUAAAGCGUAACAGCGAGCUUGCACCAAAGGUGCUCACCGAGCAUGGAAAGACCAAGAACCCAUUCCCCAAUGUCGACAGUGCUUCUGGUGUACUUUUCCACCACUACGGCUUCCACAACACCCUCUACUACACAGCCACAUUCGGUGUCAGCAGAGGUCUGGGUCCCCUCGCGCAGCUCAUCUGGGACCGAGCACUUGGACUGCCAAUCGAACGACCAAAGUCGAUUGACCUGAAGGGCCUGCUGAAGCUUGCGGAGGCUUAG